AUGGCGACAAAGGACGCCCUCAUCGCCGAAGAGGGAAAUAAUACUGGAGGAGCAGCAGUUUUUGAUAAAGUAGGUUUUUAUUAUGAUUUCUCUGUACUAUUUUGGUGAGAAAUAGGAGAGUAGAAUGUGUGAAUUGAUAAAAUCUCAUCCUUGAUUUUAUCUUUUUUUUUUUCAGAACGCGGAAAUCGUCAAUUUUGAAGUCGAACCUUUAUCGAUUGGUUUAACCAAAGAACAACUCGAGAAAUAUCGAAAUGAUCCAUUUUGGAAGCCAGUUCGAACAAUUCUUUUUGCACUUUUCUGGAUCGCAUGGAUUGCUAUGUUUGGAGCAGCCAUUGCAAUUGUUCUUUUGUCCCCAAAAUGUGCUGAAAAACAAAAACCAGAUUGGUGGCAAACUAAAGUUUCUUAUCAGGUAAUUUUUAUUUUGAGUCUAAGAAAACAUAGAAUUGCAAUAAAAAACGAAUAUUCGUAUGGGCCAUUCAAAAAAUUUUACGAUUCUUGAGAAUUCCCAUCUUUUUUUGUCUAACAAUUGUGAUCGAUUACCAUACAGUACCGUGCAUAAAGAUACACAAUUUAGGUUUUUUGUCAAUUAUGCCCUGAAAAUUAUGAAAAUUGUCUGAAAACAUUUUUUGGGUUAUUUUUGAUGCUGAUUCUGACCUUAUUCACCAUUCCAUUUGAUUUCAUCUCGAUUCCUGAAGUUUUCUGAAUCGAUGAUCAAAACUCGAUUUUUGGAUAUUUUCACAAAUUUCUGAAAACCGUUGAGAAAAAAUAUUUUUCGUUUCAAUUAUCAUUGAUUUGUGUUUUCAUGUCCUACGGGAAGAUGUUAGCUCUCGAUUCCGACCUCAAACUUAGGAUAUCAUUGUCUACAAGGCUCAUAUUGAGAACUCUAGUAAGACCAUCCAGAAAAUCUGAAAAUGCACAAAUCUGGAAUUUCAAUGAAAUUUUAUCGUUGAAUAUUGUUCAAAACACUCUAAUUAGAUCAUUCAAACCAUUUUUCACAAAAUUCCUAUCAAAUUUCGAUGUUUUUACUCAGUUCGGACAUUAGUGGAUUUUCGAUGUUUCUUUAGAUCUUUGAUUCGACAACAUCAAAAACAUCAAAAUCAACUUUUUAUUGUUGGAUUUAAUUCUCAUAACAGUUAUGAACACCGACUUAUUAAUUUAUCCAGCUCAAACCAUGCACCGGCUCGAUAUCAGUUCGAUAAACAUCGAACUACUAAAAUAGGGUAAUUUUAUAAAGAAAACCAAUGGAAAAUGAAGGAUUUUCAUAGAGGUCAACUUUGAGCUCCUAACAAUCUCAAUUUACGACUGCUAGCACAUUUAUGACACUUGAUAAACAUGAACAGUCAUCUAAAGAAUAAGUUCGAUCAAUGAAAAGUCAAUUUUGAUGUUGUUGAUGAUGUAGAAUCGAAGAUCUAGAGAAACAUCGGAAAUCCAGUGAUGUCCGAAUUAAGUCAAAACUUCGAAAUUUGAUCGGAAUUUUGUGAAAAAUGGUUCGAAUGAUCUAACUAGAGUGUUUUGAACAAUAUUCAACGAUAAAAUUUCAUGAAAAUUCCAGAUUCCUGCAUUUUCAGAUUUUCUGGAUGGUCAUACUGGAACCUUCAGAAUGAGCCUUGUAGACAAUGAAAUCCUAAGUUUGAGGUCGGAAUCGAGAGCUAACAUCUUCCUGUAGGACAUGAAAACACAAAUCAAUGAUAAUUGAAACGAAAAAUAUUUUUUCUCAACGGUUUUCAGAAAUUUGUGAAAAUAUCCAAAAAUCGAGUUUUGAUCAUCGAUUCAGAAAACUUCAGGAAUCGAGAUGAAAUCAAAUGUAAUGGUGAAUAAGGUCAGAAUCAGCAUUAAAAAUAACCCAAAAAAUGUUUUCAGACAAUUUUCAUAAUUUUCAGGGCAUAAUUGACAAAAAACCUAAAUUGUGUAUCUUUAUGCACGGUACUGUAACAAUAUAAAGUUAUAAUAGAUCGAAAAAAAGUAAUAAAUCCACAAACGCACCCAUCCACCACAUAAUUACAAUUUACUCCCUUCAUUUUCUCGUCCCGUGGGAUAACCGCCGCCUGUCAAUAUUUUAUAUCUUGACAAUUAAUCUUCUUAUUUUUACUGCGCAAGAAGAACAUCAAAAAGGGGAAAACAUUUAACGACAAUUGUUCUUCUUCAGGUUUUGACAGCAACAUUCCGUGAUUCUGAUGGAGAUGGAGUUGGAGAUUUCGCCGGAAUUACUGAGAAGAUCGAUUUCCUUCGCAAAAUUGGAGUUACAACAAUUUAUCCAACACCAGUUCUUCAAGUUCAAAAAGAUGAAUAUUUCAAUUCAUAUGAUGUUGUUGAUCAUAUGCAAGUUGAACCAAGAUUUGGAACUGAAGAACAAUUCAAAGAACUCAUCGAAACUGCUCAUAACAGAGAUAUGUAUAUUGUUAUGGAUCUUCCGGUUUCAACAAUUUCAAGCUCUCAUAAAUGGUUUGCAGAAGAUCAAGAUAAAGAUUUGUUCAUUACUGCGAAACCAGGAGAUGUUGGAUUUAACAGCACAAAAUUCCAUUCUUUCCAUGGAUCGAAUACUUUGAAAUAUUUGGGAUAUCCAGGAGCAUUGAAUCCAGUUUUGAAUUGGAAAAAUGAAAAGGUCAAGCAAUCAAUUCAAGAAGCUAUCAAGAAAUAUUUACUUCUCGGAGUUGAUGGUUUCCAUAUUGAUCAUGUUAGUCAAUUGGCUGUUGAUUCUGUUGGAAAUACUAUUGUAAGUUUAUAUUUAUUCUUCAUCAGCGUUAAAUCUGAGCUCUCAUUAAUUUUUUUAUUUUUCAGGCUACUGAUGCUAUCCAAACUUUGAAAGAAAUCACAACUUCGAUCCGUGAAUUUAUCGCAAAUCACUCUGAAUUGUCCAGCAAGAAAAUGUGAGUUUCUAAAUAUAUUCCUUCAAUUUUCAUAGAAUGUUUUCAGUGUCCUUUCUUCAUCUCUCCAAGAUAUUGAAAACUUGCAUUCUGAUGCUCGUCAAACUGGUUUGCUCCAUUAUGUUAUUGACAACUCAUUCGCCAAUUUGAAUAAUAAUUUGUGUCUUCAAAACUUUAGCUCAGUUGCUAAUUGUGUACACGUUGCUCUUGAUAAAGCUUAUCAAAGACAUGAGGUAAGUUAAAUAGACUUUUUUGAAAAAAAAAUCAGUAAAGAAAAAAAAAAAGUAAAAUGGGUAACUGUUUGAAGAAAUCUAAAUAUCUUAUACCAAAUCAUGUAAGUUUAUGUUGUUUUUGUGAAACACAAACCCCAUGAAAAAACACCUUUAGAAGAGCAUGAAAUAGUUUGAAAAUACAUUUGUUUUUAUUUUUGUGCAAUAUUCAAUUUCAGGCUGAUAGUUAUACUCCAUAUUGGCAAUUUUCAAAUGCUGAUGAGCCACGUCUUGCAUCUCGAUUUGAUUCUGAAACUGCAAAUCUUUUAUCAUUCCUUCAAUUAACUCUUCCUGGAGCACUUUCUGUUUAUUAUGGACAAGAACUUGGUUUGAAAAAUGGAUUGACAAAGACUGGAACAGAUCAACAAAGAGGAAUUAUGCAAUGGACACCAAAAGGAAACGAUCAUCAUGGAUUCACAAAUGAUGGAGGAGAUUUGUUCUUUGCUGAAACUGAAGAUACAUUGAAUCAAGAUAACUUUGAUACUCAAUAUGGACUCGAAACGUCGCCAUUGAAAGUUUAUCGAAAAUUGGCAAAACUUCGACAAAGAGACGAAGCAAUGAUUGUUGGAGAUACUGUUAGACACGCCAUUUUGAAUGAUGUUAUUGUUUUUUCAAGAUAUGUUCGAGCAUCGAACAAUACUGCACAAGGAAAUGCUUAUGUUGUUGCAUUGAAUUUCGGAGAUUCGCAAGCUAGUUUGGAUCUUGGAACAUCACAAUAUCAAAAAUUGUAUCCAUCUAACAAAAAUAUUAAUAAUGUUGAGGUGAGCUUUUUCAAAAAUUGGAACAGAGGAGAUUAGCCGCAGGCUUCCAGACUGCACUUAUUUGGGCUUUAAAACCUUGGCUCUGUUCUGAAUUUCAUUCAUUAAAUCGAAAAAGGGUUUUCAACUAGUUUCGGAUUUUUCAUCGAAAAAAUUAAAUUUAAUUUUGAAUGUUGACAAGUUUUAUUUCACAAAAUGUUCACUUAAUCUUGGAACUUCAAAAUUUCAACCGAAAAUCUUCAUCUUUUUUCAGAUUUCUGUUGUCACCACAAAUGUCACUCAAUAUGCUGUUCGCCAAAAAGUUGAUUUGGCCCUCGAACCAUUGAUUCUUCCACCAAAACAAGCCAUUCUCUUCAAACUUUAA